GGGCACCAUCAUGUCCAUCUAUCACUGCAGAUGUUCAACUGUAUUAUGUGAAGCAAUCAUCAAAGCUGUCCUUCAACUGCAUUGGUGCUAUUGAUGUCGAGGAAUGUUGAGGAAAAACCUGCAAAUGUGGACUUUUACACUGUUCACACAACCUACGAUUCUAUCUUUCGAUCCGUCAUGAUAUUCAAUUCAGCCAAGCAAAAAUGAUGUGGAAGUCGCGAUGGCCAUUCCUGGCUGUCAGGCAACAUACACAUGGUAGCUGCAAUCAAUCGACGGCAGGAACGACAUGAGAUUUUCUCAUAUGAUUUCUCCUCGUAGGUAUCAUCAUGAUGUUCUUUGCUGCUUUCUUUCACUCCCUUCACCUCCUUCACUUCCUUCACCUCCUUCACCUCCUUCACCCCCUCCCCCAAAACCAAAGACGAGAGAAGAAACACAACUCAACUAAACUUCAAUCAUGGCAUCUACAAGUGCACUCCCCCCGCCGAAUGGCUCCAGAAAUUCCGGUGGUCUUCGUCCGCCAUUGAAGCACUCAAUUCAAAUCUCUUUUUCAAACCUACCAGAUGAGGUUCUUAUUGCUAGGCAUAAAGCUCGUGCAGAGAGUGGAUCUCCACAAAGUACCGAAGAAGAUCGACUCAUUCCUGGUUUCGAGGUCAACCACCUAGGGUUCAGAGUGACAACAGGUAUUGCUCCAGAAGGCGAAAGUGGUCGAAGAGGGCUGAGUCCUAUCAAAUGUAUUCAACUUUGCUGGAAAUCUUCAAGUAGUGCUUCACAAGCCGUCAAUUUUCUAUGGCCCAUUGUUCCCGUUGCCAUCGUCAUCACAUAUGCCCGUCCAGAAUGGCACACAGUCAUAUUCAUUCUCAACUAUUUAUCCAUGAUCCCUUCUGCAAAUCUUAUUGGUUUUGCCGGCCAAGAGUUAUCCCGAAAACUGGACAAAGUAUUCGGCAUUUUGAUGGAAACCACCCUUGGAUCUGUUGUUGAAAUUGUGAUGUUCAUGGUACUUCUUGCCAGGCAACAAUUCCAAGUCAUGCAAGCCGCUAUCAUGGGUUCUAUAUUGGCCACUCAAUUGUUAUGUUUAGGCAUGUGCUUCUUCGUAGGAGGAUUGACACACGACGAGCAAGAGUUUGAUGAGGAAAUUAGUGAAGUUGGAAGUGAUUUACUUCUUCAGGCCGGACUCGGUCUCAUUGUGCCCGCGGCUUUCAACAUGGCAGUUAAAAGCGCCAACUCUGAUUAUGAUCCUUUCGUACUCGCUGAUUCCGUCCUCCACAUUUCACGAAUGACGUCUAUCCUACUCAUGAUUUCGUACGCCUUAUACGUAUACUUCCAAAUGCGCUCUCACCAAUCUAUAUACGACGCUAUCUUUGAGGCCGAUGAACAUAAACAAGAAGAUUAUGAAGAAGAUCUUCUAAAGGAAAAGUUGACAUUUACGGAAUGCGUUGUGGCAUUGAUUGUGGCAAUUAGCAUGGUUACAUUCACUGCUAUCAGACUUGUGGAAAGCAUUGAAUUUAUUGUUGAUGAGGAUGGCAUUUCCGACAGCUUUGUCGGUCUGAUAUUGGUUCCACUUGUUGAGAAAUUUGCCGAACAUCUAACAGCCAUUGAUGAAGCUCAUGACAAUUCUAUGAAUUUGGCUCUUUCACAUGUUUUAGGUGCUACCAUUCAAACAGCUCUUUUCAACGCCCCCCUUGUUGUCAUCAUUGGUUGGAUCGUUAACAUCCCAAUGGAUUUAAAUUUCGAUCUCUUUAUUAUCGUCGUUUUGAUUCUGUCCAUUCUGGUGGUUGGAAACUUCUUGAAAGAUUGCAGAUCCAACUACUUAGAAGGUGCUCUUUGCGUACUUGUGUACAUCAACAUCGCUGUGGCAGCUUUCUACUAUCCAAAUCCGCCAAAAGUUGUUCCACCACAUGUUUGAAGUGACUAGUAAGAAACGAGCUGCCAUGGAGGGGCAUAUGAUGUGUUGUACUUUGUUAACCUUGAAUUCUUCAUGUGUGGAACUCUUCAGUUAAUUUUGGCGACCGAAGCACAAUAGCCUAUGGUUUUUGCUCCGUCUAUACUUAUGUAAACUAGAUUUUGGCACCGCACUUUGCGAGACUCGCGAAUAGGCAUUUGCUUAUUUUUUUUGUAAAUAUUGAUAGAUCUGAGAAUAAAAAGAGUUUUCUAGAUACGCCCGUGAGUGCGGUGCA